AUGCUGGCGUACUUUGUCUGCACCUUCGCCGUGGAAAUCACGCUGGCCAGUCACUCCGAUUCAAAAUCAAAGCUCAUUGCUCGCUAUAUUGCGGCAGGCGCUGCAGCGGCCGCCAGCUUUGUGAUCCUGUUAAUGCCCUUCCGCCAACCAUCGCUCCCUUUGCGGGAUAUCAGUGCCGUGGGCCAACAGCCCUCCAGUGAUUUCCGCAGUCCAGAGGACAACUUGAGAUUGUGGCAGUUCCUCACUGUAUCUUGGAUGGCCCCAUUGAUUGCCACGGGACGCGUCAGACAGUUGCACGAGCAAGACGUUUGGCUGCUCGGGUUUGAUUUCCAGCACCGCCGACUCCACGAGAAAUUUCGGCGUAUCCGAGGCUCGGUCCUCGGUCGCUUGUUAAAGGCGAAUGGCAUCGAUAUCUUCAUCCUUUCCGUUCUCGCGACCGUACGGAUGUGUUGCGACUUUUCCACGCCAUUGAUUCUGCACCAACUCCUGCAGACGAUGCAAGAUCCGACAAGUUCCAAGAGAGUCCCUUUGACCUAUGCUGCGUUCGGGCUGGCUGCGGGUCUGAUUGCUUCGCAGUCUGGAGUGCUGACCAUAUGGUACGGCCGACGAGCCUACGAACGGUCCAGAGGCGAGAUGAUGAUGAUGGUCUAUGAAAAGGCGCUUUCCCGGAAGAAUAUUUUUGGCCAGCGGAUCCAGGACGAUGAUGAAGCGUGUAUCGACAAUGAGACAGAUGGUCUAAUCAAUGGCGAUGCGACCGAAGGAACCGAGGAAUCCCCGGUCCAACCGAAGCAGAAUCUAUGGAGGCGUCUUUUCGCAAAAGAAAACAAAUCAAGCCAGGCACAGGCCAAAGAAGCAGCAUCCCUCGGCAAGAUUUUCAACCUUCUUCGAGGGGAUGUCUAUGAAAUCGCUCAGCGAUUUUGGGAAGUUGACACCCUCAUUGACUCGCCCUUGGGUCUGGUUAUUGCCACUGCUCUUGUCUGGACCCUUUUCGGACCAUCCUGCUUCCUGGGAAUUUUGGCCGUGCUAGUGGCCCAGGCAGUCAACGCCGUGAUUACUCGGGCUCUUCUUCGAUGGGAACGCGUGAGACGGGCAGCGACCGACGCUAGAUUGCAGAUCACUUCACAGUUUGUGGAAGCCAUUCGGCACCUCCGCUGGUAUGGGUGGCAAGAUCACUGGCUUCGUCAGGUCAUGGAAGCCCGACAGCAUGAGCUGAACAUGCGCAUAAUUACAAGCCUGUGGAACAUUCUGAUCCGUUUCAUCAAUGCUUUUGCCAGCGGCGUAUUCCCCGUUCUCGCUUUGUACUCUUAUGCACUCCUGGCUGGCCAUGAUUUGCGGAUUGAGAUUAUAUUUCCUGCGCUGCAGCUUUUCACGAUGCUUGAAAGCCGGCUUCGGGAUAUCCCCAACCUAAUUACAUCCCUCAUCAACGCUUACAUUGCUCUUGGGCGUAUCGAAGACUUUAUGUCAGAACCAGACAAGGAGCCUGCGCCCUUCGAACCGACGACCGACGAACCACCGAUCAAGCUAGAGUCCUGCUCUUUCGCCUGGCCAGGCAGAACGUCACCCGUACUUCGCAGCAUUGACGUGACAAUCCCCAAGGGCUUGACGGUCGUGAGCGGAAAAGUAGGAGCAGGCAAGACCGCUUUCCUACAGGGUCUUCUCGGCGAGCUCGACAAACUCGAAGGCGUCUCUCAUCUUCCAAAUGAAAUGGUUGGGUACUGUGCGCAGACUCCCUGGCUGCAGAGCAUGAGCAUCCGCGACAACAUUAUUUUCUCCGCUCCGUACGAUGACCAGCGCUACAAGCGGACGCUGGAUGCUUGCGCCCUCCUUCCCGACCUCGCACAAUUCAAGCACGGCGACCUGUCCUUCGUGGGCGAGAAUGGUAUCGGUCUUUCCGGAGGCCAGAAGGCGCGUGUAGCUCUUGCACGAGCGGUAUACAGUGCUUCGCGCGUCUUGCUGCUGGAUGAUCCCUUGUCGGCUCUAGAUCAUAACACUGCCGAGUUUAUUGUCCGCAAAUGCCUUUCGGGGCCUCUGAUGCAGGGCCGCACCAUCGUACUCGUGACACACCGUACUGUACUUGUUCGCCAUGUUGCGGAUCAGAUUAUUGAGAUACGCGAUGGGCUUGCCAUAGUGCAUGGCAAAGAGGACGUGUCUAAAAUUAUCGGAGGAUUGGAUAAUGGAGACGCAGAAGGCGAGGCCGAAGAAGAGACUACGCUCGAAGACGAGGCAGCUGCAGUGCCAGACAAGUUCAUCGAGGAGGAAUAUCGAGCAGAAUGGGGUGUUAAGGCCCAAGUUUAUUGGAACUACAUCCGGGCAGGCAAGUACCGGUGGUGGCUCGCCCUCGUCUUGGUUCUGGCCGUAUACCGGGUCAUGGCUGUUGGACAGUCGUGGUUUCUCAAGGGAUGGGGCGAGGCCUAUGACCAGACGGUCGUGAUGUUCGGCAGUUUCUUGGCCGACCACGAGCCAUUCUUGGUGUCUGGUUCGAGCGCAGAUGUUUACUUCGUGCCUCAUAACCCUAUGGACCAGCUCCCACCUCCGCACGACGACGUGCGUCCCUGGCUCUGGACAUUUUUCGGCAUCAUUACCUUCCAAGCCACCACGCUCCUCGUCGCCCAGCUGCUCAUGCUCGUCAUCGUCUACUGCGCCGGGAAGGCACUGUUCCGGCAGGUAAUGAUUCGAGUCAGCCAUGCGACCUUUCGCUUUUUCGAUGUCACUCCAAUGGGUCGGUUGAUGAACCGCUUGACGUCGGAUAUCGGUGUGGUAGACGGCAACAUCAGCCAGCAAUUCCAGGUGAUUGCAUUCCAGAUCAUUAUCUGGAUCUCGUCCCUCUUGGUGAUCGCCACUGCAACCCCAAUUUUCCUCGUUUUCUCAAUCGCGCUCACCAUCGCUUUUGUCUACGUCUUCCUACGCUUCCUGCCGACAUCGCAGAGUCUGCGACGCUUGGAGAUGGUAUCCUUGAGCCCGUUACUGUCCAACUUUGGCGAGCUGCUCCACGGCCUGACCACCGUGCGAGCCUUUCGCGCCGAAGCACGCUUUCAAAAUCGCGUCAUCUCCGUGGCUGACAAAUUCCAAGGCAUGGACCACUUCUACUGGUCUCUCCAGAGCUGGCUCACAUACCGCUUCGAAGUCCUGUCGGCGUGCUCGACCUUCGUUCUCACUGCCCUGGCGCUGUACACCAACACGACACCCGGCUUGGUGGCAUUCGUGCUCAUCGCUGCCGACAACUUCGUCGAGUCCACACAUGUCCUCUGCAAGCAGUAUGGCCAGCUGCAAAUGGACUUUGUCUCCGUGGAGCGAAUCGACGAGCUCCUCCACAUCGAAGAAGAGUCCCCCGGGACGAUCGACCCGCCCGCCGCAUGGCCGACCUACGGCAGUGAUAUCAUCUUCGAGGACGUCACGCUCCGUUACGCCGCACAUCUUGAUCCCGCGCUGACCAACGUCUCCCUGCGCAUCCCCGGCGGAUCUACGACGGCCAUCAUCGGCCGCACGGGAAGCGGCAAGUCCACGCUGGCUGUGUCGCUUCUCAGUGCUGUCCGUCCCGAAUCCGGCCGCAUCCUCGUCGACCGCAUCAACAUUGCCGAUGUGAGCACGCAGGCCCUCCGCACGCGUGUCACCUUUGUCGCACAGGACCCCGUGCUGUUCCCCGGCAGUAUCCGUCUCAACUUGGACCCGACGGAGGAGUACUCCGACACGCAGUGCGCCGAGGUCCUGGAGCGGCUCUGUAGUCGGCACGGCUGGCAUCUCGACACGCACAUCGAGGCCGGCGGGAGAAACCUCAGUCAGGGCCAGCGCCAGCUGAUUGCUCUCACGCGCGCCGUGCUGCGACGCAGUCCCAUCGUUAUCUUAGACGAGGCGACUGCCUCGGUGGACCAUGAGACGUCUCUGGAGAUCCAGCAGAUUAUCCGGGAGGAGCUGGAGCUGUCGACGGUGAUCACGAUCGCGCACCGCAUCGAAGCCGUCAAGGACGCGGAUUACUUCGUCGUGCUUGACCAGGGCCGCCUGGCGCGCCAGGGCCAUGUCCGGGAUUUGUAG